AGCCGCCUCCUCCUCUUGGCCUGUCUAGCGCGGCCCUCUUGGUGGCCAGCCUCCUCCUCCUCCUCCUCCUCCUCUUGGUCCAGACUGGCUGGCUGGCAGCCGGUAUGCCCCCCCCCCACCCCUGCCCCACCUUGGGCCCUUCCUAGGCCUACCUGGAGAUUCUGCCGGGGGCCUUGUGCGUGCUCAGCAGGGCUCUGGGGCCGAGCGGCAGCCGCCUCCGCCCUGAUCCGUGGCAAGCUGAACUGUGCGACUGGACGCGGUGGGUCUUCUGGAGUCAUGGGGCAGCAGCCAGCUCGCCCUGCGCACCUGUAUAAAGGGCGGCUUCUGCACCGCCACAUCAUGGGGGGGGGGUGUCUGCCCGUGGCCGGAGAGCAGGCCUGCCGGCCCCCCUUUGUGGCUGGCGGUGAGGUUUCCGUCUCUCACUCCUCCUUGGCAGGGACUUUCCUCCACGGCUUUGCGUUGAGGCCUCUGGCUCCUGAACUCCCAAGGGUGGCGAGACUGUUCUGGUGACAGGUGGCGGCUUGCUGUGGGACGUUUUGGGAGUGGGGGGAGACGCCAAGUCCUCGUUUCGGCAGCUGAAGCUCCCUGCCUUCGUGGGCCCUCCUUGGGAGGACCCUGGGAUGGAUGGAUGGGGGGGGUCACCAGCGGCUGACCCCACUGAGGGCCGGCCCAUGCCUUUGCCUCCGGCCCACAUGGCACUCUUGGUGGAGUUCCCGCCUGCCUCGGUUCUCUCUGGAUUUUCAGAACGAGCUGCUGUUCUCCUGGUGCGUCUCACGCAACAGCCCUGUGCCGCCGCCUUCUUAGGCAUCAACUGCGUCUGGUUGGCGGAACUUGCCUCUUUGCUUCUGGAAGGUGACGCUUGCUGCCCGUAUCGGAGAGAUGGGUUCUCCGGCAGCGGCUCCUGCUCGUGGGGAAUGGCUGGAUCGGGGCCUCCGUGGGCUCCUUGCAGCUGGUGCCAGCUUCCCACAGCGCUCAGACUGACGCCCAGGACCUCGGCCUGCUUUGUGUUGGGCUGUCAUGAGAGUCUUUUGAGAACUUCUGAAGCGAUAGCCCCCCACCUGCCCCGAAUCUCCUUCGCCUUUGGGAGAAAUACUUGUGCGGGGAUGAGGGUGGGACUGUGAUCUCUGGAAUGAGUGGGAAGCCACGAGAAGGGCUGCCUCCCGAGGACGGCCAGGUCCGGAUGGGGGUAGGAAUCCAGGCUGCUUGGAGGAAGCUGGGGGCCAGCGGCUCCCCGGUUCAGAAACCAGCCGACCCCACCGUGUGGCAUGUUUCGGAAAGCUUCUGGGCGAGCAGUUUUGCUUCUGUUUCCAAGAAUAGCGGUGAACUUGCUGCAGGGGGGCUCUGGAUACUGCCUCUAAAGACACCGGUGGCUGUACUUUUUAGAGGCCUUGAGCAUGACGGAGGGGCUGAUGAGCAAGGCGGCCACCAUGGAGAUCCCCAUCCAUGGGAAUGGAGACUCACGCCGCCUCCCUGAGGACGAUGGUCUGGAGCAGGACCUGCAGCAGGUGAUGGUGUCGGGGCCCAACCUGAACGAGACCAGCAUUGUCUCCGGGGGCUACGGCGGCACUGCUGAGGGCAUCAUCCCCACCAGCACCCUCAAAGGCUCUCUUCCAUCUCACCCACCCCGUGGACCUCUCAUCUCCCCCAGUCCGUCGGCUGCCAGUCGGAUAGCCAGCCAGGCUGCCGCUGCCCCAGGUUCCAACUUGCACCCGCCUCACCCCAGCCCAGCCAUGCCCGGGGAGGAGGCCACGCGGGGGAUUGCCGUGGAGAAGUUUGACAUUGUCAAGAAAUGGGGCAUCAACACCUACAAGUGCACCAAGCAGCUGCUGUCGGAGCGCUUUGGGCGUGGCUCCCGCACCGUGGACCUGGAGCUGGAGACCCAGAUCGAGCUGCUGCGGGACACCAAGCACAAGUACGAGUGCGUGCUGGGCUUGGCCCGGGCCCUCACCAACCACUUCUACAGCCUGGUCCAGACGCAGCACGCCCUGGCCGACGCCUUCUCCGACCUCAGCCAGAAGUCCCCCGAGCUCCAGGAGGAGUUUGGGUACAAUGCAGAGACGCAGAAGCUGCUGUGCAAGAACGGAGAGACCCUCUUGGGGGCCGUCAACUUCUUUGUCUCCAGCAUCAACACCCUGGUCAACAAGACCAUGGAGGACACCCUCAUGACCGUCAAGCAGUACGAAACUGCCAGGCUGGAGUACGAUGCCUACCGCACGGACCUGGAGGAGCUGAACAUGGGGCCCCGGGAUGCGGGCACGCUCUGCCGCUUGGAGGCGGCCCAGGCCCACUUCCAGGCCCACCGCGCCAAGUACGAGAAGCUGCGGGCGGACGUGGCCGUCAAGCUGAAGUUCCUGGAGGAGAACAAGGUGAAGGUGAUGCACAAGCAGCUGCUGCUCUUCCACAACGCCAUUUCGGCCUACUUUGCCGGCAACCAGCAGCAGCUGGAGCAGACGCUGAAGCAGUUCAACAUCAAGCUGAAGAGCCCCGGGGCCGAGAAGCCCUCCUGGCUGGAGGAGUAGCCACGGACUGCCCCCACCCCAGCCCCGCCUGCCUGCCUGCCUGCCCGCCCGCCCGCCCCUCCCUCCAUGGACCUGGACUCUGGCCGGUGGGGCGAGGAGAGGGUUGAGCUCAGCAUCCCUCCCGGAUGGGGCGCAGGGCGGCUUCCCUUCUCCCGCCACCCCCAAGCUUUCUCUGAGGCUGCUGGAGGGUGCCCCCCCCCUUCCCUGCAGGCGGCACGGAGGCCAGGCCAGCCCCUCCCCGGGGAGGCGUUUUGCUCCCUCGGCAAGCAGGAGCCCCUCGGACUGCUCUUCUCCCCCACGGCGCUGAGGGGUCUGGCUGAUGGGCGGGUUCCAGUGACACAUUCCCAGUGGGCGGGGGGGGGGGUCUCCCUGCCCGCUCUGUCCCUGCCCCGGGAAGGCAGCGCAGGCUGGAGGACUAGGCCGGAGUUUGCUGCUAUAUGGGGGGUGGGCGGGCCACGGACCAAACAGUAGCCUGGCUCUGGCCUGGGGGGAGAGGGCUUGUGUGCAUGGGCAGAGUGCGUGUGUGUGCGUGCACGUGCGUGCGUGCAUAGAUCAUGGCCAGUGUCUCUGUGUUGUGUUCCUGGGUGGGGCUGCGUGGGGCAGGGCUCCCGGCCGCCACCCCCACCAGGCUGGAGGAACAGGGGCUGCUUCCUGCCAGUUAAAGCCCACCCACCCCUGUCAAGUUUCCUGAAUAAACGGUACCAAACAGAG